AUUUUGCAUAAAUAUGGAGAAAAGGGGAUAUAGUACCUCUGGAUAUCUCUCAUCAGACACUGAGACUAAGCUUCGUGCCCCAAUGAGAGCAAAGAAAGCAAACUCAUCAAAAAUGAUAAAUUCUAAAUACAAAAUGAAAGUCAGUCAAGAUAAUGUCUCAAAGAUUCCAAAUAUCAGCCAGGGAUCUAAAAUAAAUAUCAACAAAGACACAUUAGUCAAAGUGCAUAAACUUGAUCUAUCAAAACUAGCGGAUGACCCAAGAGGAAGCUUAUCCGAGAAUGAACAGAUUGAAACAAAAUACCAGAAACCAAAGAAAUCACAAAGGCUGUUCCAUUCAUCACUUUUGCAAAGGAAAAGAGAUCAGAGCAAAAGACAAAAAUCUGGGCCAAGACAAUCAGAGAUAUCAAUCAAAUCCUUAAGAGAUGAGAGGAACAAGAAAUAAAAC